UCCUCGGGUGUGUAGGCCCACAUGUUCGGACCGACAUGGUCGGUUCUUGGCGCGACCGAAUAUCAAAGGCAGUUCACACCACGCCUCCAGUCUGUUGUUAUUUGCGACUGCUCUGCAUUUCUAGCACCGUCCGAAACUUCAAGAAACAACAAUAGACAUCAUGACCGACAUUAGUGACUUCUUCAAAGCCUUUUUCGCGACCUCGGACGACGGUACCGCACAUGAGAAGUAUCCUACAUUUUUCGCCGAAGAUGCGAAAUUGAUCAUGGGCGACAAAGUCGCCGUUGGACGUGCGGAUAUUCUGACCGUUCGCCAAGGAAUGUGGUCAGCAGUAUGCUCGCGACACCAUACCUACACAUGCUUCACAUCUCCAGAGAGUCCAAAUACGGUCAUGCUUGCAGGAAAUGUGAAAUAUGGCAUGAAAGAUGGAAGCCAGAAAGAGACCGAUUGGGUCGCGAAAGCAGUAUUUGAAGGCGAGGGGAGUGAUAGAAAACUUGGAUUUUAUCAGGUUUUCUUGAAUGCAGGGAGAAAAUGAACGUCGCCAUGAAAGAUUACGAUCUUAAAUGUGAUAUAGGUUAUAUUAUCCUAUUUACCUAAUUUUUUGUGGCUUCCUGUCACCGGCUUGAUAGCCCUCUUUAAAACUGCAAUCUAUGAUAACUCGCUCAAAAAUGCGCCAACCACCUUCUGGACUUCUUCCGGAGCUUCCAGUACAUGCCAAUGGCCAACACCACUCAGCACAUUCAAAGUCUUUAUCUCACUCUUAUAUCCUUCCAAAAUCUUCUCGCAUCCGGAGAGCGGAGCGGAUUUGUCCUCUUCGCCAGCCAAAAGCAGGACGGGAAUUUUGAUACUUGCGUAAUCUGGGACUGGUGCCUCUGCAAUGGUACGACACAGGGAAUUGUAUCCAUCGGGAUUCGUGCCGAUGAGUAAUUGUCGAAUGAAAGCACGAACCAGUGCGCUGCAGCGCGUCCCCGUUGCAGCUUGUGGGAUUGUAGUAGCCAUAGCUUCCAUGCCCUCUGGAAAGAUAACAAAAUUAGCGUGCUCUACAGUUUGUUUUG